AUGGGAGAUGCUUCUCAUGCGUCUCAUGUUAGGUCUCGUACUUAUGCUGAUCAGGUGAAGGGGAAGCAACAGCUUCCAACAACAUCUAUUGAUCUCAGUUCUUUACCAUUGCCAACGAUAAAAGAAGGAAAACCAGCGAUUGUUUUACCUGAAUCUUUCUAUUUGGAAGGUUGUGAUAUUUGGAAAUUCAGUCUUAUUGGACGUUUAGAUUUCAAAGGAAUUACUUUCCAAGAGGUGAAGGAUGAUUUGGAACAUCAAUGGCAGCUAGGUCAAGGUGCGGUUCAGCUAAUUCCUAUGAGUAGAGGUUUCUUCACCAUCAAGUUACAAUCCCAAACAGCAAAAGACAAGCUUUUGAAUGCUGAAGCUUGGCAUCAAAAGCUAACCCUAAUUGAAUGGUUUCCUGGUUUUGAUGCUGAAAAACAAAGAUCAUCUCAUGCUUCCGUGUGGGUUUCUUUUCCAGGGCUUCCAUUAGAAUUCUGGACAGAAAAAACGCUAUUGUCCUUGGCUAAAUCAUUAGGAACUCCAAUUGUGGUUGAUAGACGUACUCUUGCUCAUGAAUAUGGUCACUUUGCAUCAGUUUUGGUGGAUAUUAAUUUUGCUGAAGCAACUACUGAUGCUAUUCAUAUUACGGUUGGGGGUUUAGAUUUUUGGCAAUCUGUUGAGAUUCAAAAAGUUCCAAAAUAUUGUUCCAAGUGCAAGUUGAUUGGGCAUACUGAUCAUGAAUGUAGAAAGCAGCACAAGGAAAAUACUGAGAGACAACUUGUGGUAAGCAAACAAGUUAGCGUUGAUGAUUCUCAACCUGGCGUGAGCAAUAUUCCUAAACCUGCUGGUGGGGAAUG